AUGUCAUCGUUUGAAGGUGACUUUCUAUUUCUGGAACAUUCCACUGCCUCGGACCAUCCCGGUCUCCUGGGGCUCAACGGCAGCAAUCUUACAUCUUCCGGCUACGAAACCGGAGUCCAUGAUGACGUCACACCUAGUCUGGCCCCUCCUCGGGUUCCGUCAGUGAUACUCUCCACUGCCGACCUGUGCACAAGGCUGUCUCCCCCGCCCAUCCCGCCCUGGAUGUUGGAAGCGCCGGAGAAAUUACGGCAUGUCAUGGCCAACUGCUCCUCGUGGAGAAAGUAUGUCGACUUAUGCUUCAGCCAGCUGCCGCCCGAGUACCCACAAGUGUUGGCCAGUCAGCCCAUGUCUGGUAGGAUGAAGUUUGGUUUCUUUGCGGAGUACCAUAAGCGCGGCCUGGCUCCAAAAGACUACUGCAGUCCUGGCGGCCGCGGCUUCAUCAGCCCCAGCGUUACCAUAGAAACACAACUAUCCGUCUGCGCUUUGGACGACGACGGACCCUACGCCAACAUUGUCUCCCCUCACCUCAUGUACAACGAUCCACGCUACGGGCGACCCGAGAUACAAGAACCCGUUUCCAGCCAAUCAGAGCAACGCCAGCGACAAGGAAACCAUUUGUAUGACAAGGUCCCCGCGUCGUCAUCAUCAUCAUCCCGGCCGCCAUUGCAGUAUCAACAAGAGCUUCUGCUAGCUCCUACGAGACUCACAGACGAUGACAGUGGGUUAUCCUCUCCUGUCUUCGUCACAGACUUGUCUUCCAGCAGCGACUACUACUCUAGUCUUUCCCUUCCUAUUGAAUCCGAAGGUAGCAAAUCGCUAGGAACCGCCGGGAAAGGUCCAAGAACAUCGGUCUACUCCGGUUGUGACUCAGAGGACGAGAACAUCUCUUGCUACGUAGAGAUACACAAGGGAAAAGGCCUAGAAGGCAGUACUAGCAGCAGUAGUCGGAGAGCUAUCGAGCCACAUAUCAAUACAAGAGACAAUAGACCCUCCUCGUCUUCCCAAAAGCGGAAGGGCAACAUGAGACGUAUGGUGCAGAGGUGCAAGAAAGCUGGCGCCUCUCUUGUGCACGGAGUCGUCUGGAACAGGUCGUCGGGGUCUUCGUCUGUCGCCAGUGACGUAGGAGCAGAACCUCCGGCGUUGCGUUCCAAUAGCUCCAACUGGUCUCUCCGGAAACCGAAACCGUUUGUUCCAUACCCGAGAUCGUCGCAAGCAAGGCCGUGCAGUGUUCAAGUGACGACUCCGGAAUUUCCUCAGUUAAGUGACGCUUCCUACUCAACGAUGAGCCAAAAGUCGGAUGAUGAGCCUGCCGAUAUGUUAACAAGAAACGGCGACGUGGGUCGAGGAGAUGAACCUUCGAUACAAACCAUAGAACCCAGUGCCAACUCUUCCAGCGAGGAUAAGGUCCUCAGUAAAUUGAGAAAUUUCGGCAAAUUUGUGGGCCAUAGACCAAGUUUCAAGAGGAAAAGAAAAAAUAAAGACUCCAAAGUACCAACAUCUUCACUGCCGCCUGAACCAAUGACUCCCUCGGCGACAAAGGGAGGGGAGAACUCAAACCAUCCGGAUUUUACUUUUGUUAACGAAGGCCUGGACAAGACAACAGAUCCCGAUUCCAAAGUACGGAAGUCUCAUUUUAGGAAAAUGAAAAUGCCAAAUGUGUUGAAAAGACUUGGCAAAACUUAAAAUUGCCUGUAUCAACUGGAAAGUGAAAACAUCGUUCCUGGAAUGAGUUUAUCAAAUCGUGCCUUUGAGCGUUUCAGGACAAACAACCUCAAGCUGGUACUCUCCAUGUGUUGUUUGCGAUCUGACGCAAUUAGUCUUUGAUGGUCUUAUUUGAGCCCCCGGCGACACAGUUAAGGUCUUGAGGAGACGAGCUGGCUCGGCGUGUCUGCCAAGAACAAACCCGGGAGUCGGCGGUUUAGUGUUUAAGCCCUUGACCGUUCGCCGAGACAGAAUGUAGAAAGAACAAUCAACCAGUGAGCAACACACACACACACACACAC